AUGACCGCUCAGCAUCGGUUCGAGUGCAUACACGUGGACAGAGCGUGUUUGAAAUCAUUGAUCAAGCACAAUUGCUGGACAGCCAUCGUAUUGGGUGCGCUCAUGUUGUCGUUGGGAAUAGUGUUGAAGUCGUCGGUCAUCGACACCACUUCUGCCACCGUUCAGAGCAGUGGGAUGUUAUUCAUACUGAUUGGCAUAUUUGUCAUAUUAAUGGGUCCGUUCGCCGCCUUAUAUGACUUGAUAUCUAAGCGCAACCGUCGCCGGGAAAGGGAGGCCAACGGACAGUCACCGUCGGGCAGUGGGCCGUCGGGCCAAUCGGAUUCAGCCGAUCCGCCCACAUAUAGCCAGGCGAUGACAUCGGCCGUGAAGGGCCCGAGUGCUACCUAUACCAUGAGGUAUGGCCCGCAAGUGCUGUCGCCCCAGAAUCUGACACAAAAUGCCGACUCUAGACCCCCUCCGCCCACCUAUGAGGAGGUGGUACUAGAGUUAGGUAACCGCCCGGUGCCCGGCCGGCCGGUUCCUAUACCGUAA